AUGCCCGACCUCCCCACCGUUAAAGCAUCCAAUUCUAAAUUCUCCCCUUCCUUCAUUCCUGUGGCGGUUAUUGUGGGCGGAACAUCUGGUAUAGGGGAGGCGAUAGUAAAGGCGUUAGCUCACUAUGCCGGAGGGAAGAUAGACCUCGUCAUCAUUGGCCGAAAUCGCACCGCAGCAGAGAAGAUCUUUGCUUCCCUUCCUACCGCCACAGCAGAGGACGGUAAACCCGUGCUACGAGAAUUCGUGUCCUGUAAUGCCGAAUUGAUGGAGAACAUCAAAAAUACGGCAGCGGAUCUCUCCGCGCGUCUUAAGAAGAUCAAUUACUUCAUUUUGUCUGCUGGGUACGCAGAUUUGUGGUCAGGAAGGCAGGAGACGGAGGAAGGGAUCGACAAGUUGCUGGCUCUGCGGUAUUAUUCGCGGUUCAAGUUUACGUAUGAAUUUCUGCCGUUACUGAGGAAUGCGAGAGAUGCAGGAGAGGAUGCGAGGGUUAUGUCGGUCUUGGCGUCUGGAAUGGGACGCGCUAUCGAUGUCAACGAUUUGGGGCUGAAACACUCGUACAAGGCCUACAAGGCUAUGAUGGUGAGCGGUUCGUAUAACGAUAUUAUGGUAGAUGAAUUUGCCAAACGCAACGCCGGAAUUACAUUCACGCAUAUUUUCCCUGGACUUGUCAAUACGCCGGGAACGCGACCAACACACUGGGCUCUACGCCUUCUCUCCCCGCUGAUCAGCCUGGUAGUUUGGUUGGUUGCUAUUUCCCCAGAGGAAUCCUCAGAAUACAUGCUGUAUUCCCUGUUUGAUGGAGGAAAGGGCUUCUUCCACCGCAGCCCGAAAGGCGACGAUCUCGGGAUGAAGAAGUACCCUUUUACAGAGGAGGAAAAGAAGGCCCUCUGGGAUCAUUCAGUGGAGGUUACUCGGUGUGCGUAA